GCUAGUAAAAAUAAAAGCCCAUAAUCUUUCUGGUAAGAAGUACAAGUGAAGCCCAUACAGCAUCCUUUCAAUCUCUCCAAACAAAUUAACCGGUGUUCUCCGGCACGGUGGCCGGCGGCGGCUACAAGAAGUAUCGAUCUGAAUUCUGAACAUCGAUUACUUGUUUUAAUUACUCACAGCAAACAUCAGAAGUAUGAGCAUGGAGAAGGAAGAACCAGUACUUUUACCUAAACGAAAAGUAUCGUGCACUGUCUGCUUUAAUGCUCUCUGGUUCUGCUAUUCUCCAGUACAUCAAAUGCAACAAUACUAUAGGCUCGGAUCCCUUGAUAAUUGCUCUGGAAAGUGGGGUGCUCUUGUUGAUUGUUUAAAACUCAAAACAAAAAGUUCUCAAGAAGUCUCGGAAAUUCUUGAAACCCGAGAGAAAGAGAAGACACACAUUUGGUCUUUUAGAACACCGGAGGAGGCUGCGUCUCAUUGGAACAAACUGUUUGGACAUUUAGAUAAUGAUAAAUGAGAUGUCAUAACACUUGCACCUCAUCACUGGCGUUUAAUUUCGUAUCAGAACUCGUUAUAGGAAUGAAUUAAGGAAGAGAGAUGACUUGCCAGUUAUCUCGAAUAAGAAAUUUGUAGCCAUAUUUUUGCUAACAGAGUGAUUUUAUUUUACAUAUGUUAUUUAUUAGAUAAACUUUAAAUGCUGAUAAAAUUUGUAGCAAUAUUUUUGCUAA